GCAAAAAACUAUCCUCUUUCAUAUUUUACUGGAAUUGAUAUUAUAGAUCCAAAAUAUUCUAUGCUUUUAAACGUUUGCUUUACAAAAGGUGAUGUCUUAAAAGGAUUGCCAUAUCCAGAUUGCUCUUUUGAUUAUAUUCAUAUCAGAGCCCUGUUAUGGUCACUUACGUCAAAAGAUACUUCCAAUAAAUUAUUUCCAG